CACACCCUCCGCCUGGACGCAGCAGCCACCGCCGCGUCCCUCUCCCCACUAGGCUGCCGGCUCAGGACCCCCAGCUCCAACGGGGUCCUGGAAGCCAGAGGUGUUUGCUCAGGGCAGGGAAGGGGCUGCAGGAUCCCGCGGGGGCUGCCAGAGGCCGGCCUCGCUGACAUCAUGGCUGACCCCAGCAUCGCCUGGUCCCACAGAUGUCGCCCUUUGGUCGCCUGUGUCUUCUCACCAUCGUUGGCCUGAUUCUCCCCACCAGAGGACAGACGUUGAAGUAUACCACGUCCAUUUCUUCAGCAGACCCAACUAUCAUGGACAUUCAGGUCCCGACACCAGCCCCAGACGCAGUCUACACAGAACUCCAGGCCACCCCUCCGACCCCAACCUGGCCUGCUGAUGAAACACCACAACCCCAGACCCAGACCCAGACCCAGCGACCGACAGGAAUGGAUGGGCCUGUAGUGACAGAUCCAGAGACACACAAGAGCACCAAAACAGCUCAUCCCACUGAAGACACCACGACGCUCUCUGAGAGACCAUUCCCAAGCACAGACGUCCAGACAGACCCCCAGACCCUCAAGCCAUCUGGUUUUCAUGAGGAUGACCCCUUCUUCUAUGAUGAACACACCCUCCGGAAACGGGGGCUGUUGGUCGCAGCUGUGCUGUUCAUCACAGGCAUCAUCAUCCUCACCAGUGAGAACUGGGGUUGGGUAGGAAGGGCACCAAGACCAGGAGGGGGCUUAUGACUGAGGGCUGGGUUCUCAAAGGUCCCUGAGCAAUUUUGUUUUAAAUGAGGUAUCUAUUAGCUGCAUAUCCAUACAAACCACCACAGAAUUCAGUGGUUUAAAAUAAUGACCAUUUAUUGAGCUCUCAAGACCAUAGUUUGAAAAUGUAGGCGGGGCUCAGCUGGAUGAUUCUUCUGGUCUCAACUGGAUUUACUCUUGCAUCUGAGUUCAGUUGUGGGUCAGCAGGAAACUCUGUUUCUGGGGCACCUUGGCUCCUUGCCUUAUCAUCUUAUCCUUCACUAAGCUAGCCUGGGCUUGUUCACAUGGUGGUGGCAGGGGUCUAAGAGACAGUGAAUGCAUGUAGGCUCAGAACUGGCCAUUAUCACUUCUGCCUCAUUCCAUAGGUCAAAGCAAGUCACAAGGCUGGGCUUCACUCAAGGAAAUAGACUCCACCUCUUGAUAGGAAGACAGGCAAAGUCACAUGGCAAAGGACAUGGAUACUGACAGGGAGGGGUAGAGACUAAGGGCCGUUUGGCAGUCAGCAUACCACCUCAGCAGUCAUAAGCUCACUGCACCCAGGCCCAGCAGGGAACAAGGGUUAAACAAGGCUGUGUUGGGAGGAGACACCUGAAGAUUAAAUGCCUCAUGGAACAACCUCACCCACUCAAUCCAGCAAGAAUAGAGGCUUGGAGCAGCCAGAGUAACUACUCUUUUAAGAGUUUAAUGUUUCUGUAAAAUCUUUUGGUACCCACAUGUUGACAGCUGUGUUGAUCAGAUUCAUGGCAGGUGGCAGAAGGACCUGCAAAGGGUUAACUGGAGAACGUUUAAUAGAGUGAUAUCUCCGAGGUACAGUCAGGGUAAUGAGAUGGUGCAGUGUCCUAGGACCAGCAAGGAUGGAGACCUGUUAUCCCCCAGCCUGAGGGACGAGAGGAGAUACUGGCUUUGCAGGAGGCCUGGUGAGAGAUGGAACUGGGGGUGGGGCUGCUGGCAGGAGCUGUGGCCUCAGAAAGAGGGUUCCAGCCACUGCCUCACUUGUGACCAAACCAGGAGGGAGCAGGGGUGGUAGGGAUCAGAUACCUAAACCUCCCUCUCCUCCCACCCCACUGUCUCCUGCCAAUGCUUAACUAGAGGGCAAGGGGUCCAGGGCCCAACGCAGGGACAGGAAGGUGUGGGGAAAGGCAGAAUAACAAGCAGAGAAACUAAUUUUUAAAAAAGAUUUUCAAAAUGUUGUGGGUGAAAUAAAACACAAGCUGUCAGUUAAUCUGUAUAACAAAUGCCAGGUUUCAUUACCUCUCUUGUCCAACUUCCUUAUCAAGAAAAUGAGCAUAGUCACAUCUUUUUUUGCCUUAAGGGGAGAGGCAGAAUUCUAACAAUCAUAAAACAUGAUUCCUGAUAUAUGCGUAAUCCCCACUGAAUCUGAGAGUCAAGCACUCUUGCCUCGUUUAUGCAACAUGUGUGUGUUGAUCCUGACUUUGCGCCAGGCUCUAUUCUCACCCCAGUGGUGAAGUUAAGGCUCAGAGAGUUAAGGAGUUUGCCUAAGGUCACGCAGCACAUAAGAGUCAGUGAAUUCAUUUGCUGGCGGGUCACGGUGGCUCACUAAUCCCAGUACUUUGGGAGACCAAGGUGGGAGGAUGGCUUGAGCCCAGGGGUUCAAGACCAGCCUGGGCAAAAUGGCAAGACCCUGUCUCUACACAAAUAAUUUUUUU